AUGUACCGCGUUCUAUACGUCGGCCUCGCCGUUAUUCUUGGUUCUGUAUAUGCCAUACCUGUUGAUAAUGGAGUUGAAGGGGACCCAGAAAUUGAAUGUGGUCCUACAUCCAUAACAGUUAAUUUCAAUACUCGUAAUCCGUUUGAAGGACAUGUUUAUGUAAAGGGGCUCUAUGAUCAAGAUGGGUGCCGGUCAGAUGAGGGUGGACGUCAAGUUGCUGGCAUCGAGUUGCCAUUCGAUUCAUGCAAUGUUGCUCGAACUCGUUCAUUGAAUCCUCGUGGUAUAUUUGUUACUUCUACGGUUGUAAUUUCUUUCCAUCCACUUUUUGUGACAAAAGUAGAUCGCGCAUAUCGUGUACAAUGUUUCUACAUGGAAGCAGACAAAACUGUUAGCACAGAUAUUGAAGUAUCUGAUCUAACAACAGCAUUCCAAACCCAAGUGGUUCCAAUGCCAGUCUGCAGAUACGAGAUUCUUGAUGGUGGACCAUCUGGACAACCAAUCCAAUUUGCUUACAUUGGACAACAGGUAUACCAUAAAUGGACAUGCGAUUCAGAAACCGUUGAUACCUUCUGUGCUGUGGUACACUCGUGCUUCGUCGAUGAUGGUAACGGUGAUCAGAUCGAAAUUCUGAAUGCUGAUGGUUGUGCAUUAGACAAAUAUCUGUUGAAUAACCUGGAAUAUCCAACUGAUUUGAUGGCUGGACAAGAAGCACACGUCUACAAAUAUGCUGAUCGUUCACAGCUGUUUUAUCAAUGCCAAAUUAGUAUUACCAUCAAAGAACCAAACCAAGAAUGUGCUCGACCAACGUGCGUUGAGCCAAUUGGUUUUGGUGCCGUACGUACCGGUAACAAACCACAAGCAGCUGCCCAACUUAGACUUCUCAGAAAGCGUGCUGCUGAUUACGACAAUACAUUGGAUGUACGAGCUGAAAUUAGUGCUCUUGACAUUUCUGAAAAUGUAAGGCUUUUGAUAUAA